AUGGGCCGAAGUGAAUUGGCAAAGUCUUCCAUUAUCACGCUGGCCCUACUUGCUCUGGCAUUUGUGGCGGUGGACAAGACAACUGCUUGGUCGCUGGAAUCUGCCAAAGCCCGCAUUCAAGAUGCGCAGCAGGAGGUCUCUAGCGCUACAGAAGACCUCACCAAGGAGCCACUGACUCCUGAAAGCGCGGCGACCUGGAUGAAGGUGGUCGGGUCACAGCUUCUUCGCGGGGCAGCAGUGGUGGCAUUGCCGGCCCGAAUGUCACUGCAGGCAUCUUCAGCCGCCCUUCUGCUUCCUUUGUCGACGGCAUUGCUGCGUCAUGCCCAAACGGCACCCAACACCACCAUCUCGCAAGCGUGCCAACUUCUGGAGGUCCGCUUUCCAUGUCCAGAAAUGUUGCUGGUGGAUUCUGACAGUGUCGGGCUUCAGACGCUCCCACUGCUGCCUCCAACGCGACUUUGGGGUGUGUUCGUCAGCAGAGCCUUGGUGGCUAAAGCCAGCCAACCUCAGCUCCUGGCGUUGCUGCUGCGGGAGGUGGCACUUCUUCAGAUGCGGGUCCCACCUCUCCCGCAACUUUGGGCGGUUCUCGCGGCGAUCAAGGGCAAGGCCAAGACGAGGAGGGCUCCGACACAUUCCAAGACGCACAGAACCUUCAGCCAGCUCCAGAGAGCUCGAAUCCAGGAGCUUUGCCGAGUCCACCGUGGGCUGAGCGAAGUUCAAGCACGGCAUGACCAGCUGCCGUUGCCUCUCCAGGCUCCUGUGACAGAAGCUGCCAGACACCUGCUCCUGCCAGGAGUCCUCGGUGACUGUGUGAAUGUGGUGGGCACUUAUGCAGAUCGUGGCGUCGUGGCCGCCGUGCAGGAGGCAGGCAGUGAUGUUGCAGACUACAUCGAAGAUUUCCAGCUUCUCCGCCUCGUGCGCAUCGCCAGACUAAACGUGGACGUCUUUGGCAAGCCGAAGAGGAAGCCUUUGACAAAGACAAUACACGAGACGCGUGUCAACCUGCAGCGCGUGUACUCCAUCGGCCCAAAGCGAGUCGAGGGCCUCCUGAAAGCCGCAUCGAAAGUUCGCCAUCCAACUCGUGUCCUCCGACAGAGGCGAAGGCCAAAGUUGCCUUUCUUCGAAAUUUGGACCGCCUGCACGGCCAUGAAUCGAGCAGCGACGUUGCUCGCGGACCAUCAAGCAGCGAAGGCAAUGGGAAGCAUCGACCACGUCGCUGGCGGCCUCGUCUUGCUGCACGGAACUCCCCUGGAACAACGCCGCUUGCGCAGGGGUGACAUUCGAGGUUUGCUUGAGGAUGCACAGUCGGAUCUGCCUGUGCGACGGCGCUGGCCUCACUGGUUGGGGGCCUUCAUCAAGGCAGGCCUGCAGCCGGCUUCCAGCUCAGCCGUGCGCUGCAAGUGUUUGCUUGAUUGUUCUGAGAAGCGGCAUGCAUCGCGAAGAAUUCGCGAACACCUUCUGACAACCGGAAACGAACAGACCUCCUUCUUGUGA